GCACUAGCACUGUGAUCAGCUCGGACAACCUCCUCGGUCGUCGUCGUCGGAAGAGUUGAUAACAUCUUUACCCUAGCUCAGAACAAGACUGAAAACGUCCGUAGUCAUCGUCGAUUCAUACAGCAGGUUGGAGAUUUACAAUUUAAGAUUGAUUGAUUGAAGUCGAUCAUGCCGAGUGAAGACGUUCCAAUGAGGGUCGUGGGGAGGAGAAAGAACCAGAAUAAUGGUUCUCAGGGGUCAAGGUCGCCUACAGGGUCACCGUCAGGUUCACCUACCCACAGUGCACCUCACAUCCAGAGGAUGGCGAGUACCAUCUCUAACAAAUCAAUCAAAGCAAUGGAUGUCUGCAUCUUCCAGAAAGACGGCACUGCUCAUGAAAUCUUUAUCGAGAAUGUUUUAACGAUGACGGCAGGAACUCUCUUCUCCCAUAUGAUGGAUUGUCUGAGUUUACCGAAUGAAGCAUCAGAAAUCUUCUCAUUAUGGCUUACUUCUCCUCUCCUUGAAUUACAGCUUAAGCCUCACCAUAUACCCUUCAGAUUAUGUAGACAGUGGCCUGAUCUUCUUGAUAAAUACACAACACACAGCGAGGAGGCAAAAGCAAAUGAUGAACCAGUCAUAUCUUUCCAAAGAAAUGCAUUCUAUCCAAAGGAAGCAGAGAAAAAAGUCACAAAUGCAAAGAUAAAGGGUUUAUUAUUUGAGGAAGCAAAAGGGAACAUUCUGAAUGGCAUGUAUCCCUGUGAGGCGGAGGACUAUGAGUACCUGGCUGGUGUGUUAGCUUCCCUGGAGUUUGGUCUCUACGAUGAAGACCAGCAUCAAAUGGGUUUCUUCAAAGAUAAUGAUCUCAAAAAGAUCUUGCCGGCAUGUAUGUUCAAAGGAGGUAGCCGCUGGUCGAUUGUGAAGGGUCGUACGGGAGCAAUGAUGUCCGUAGAAGCGAGUAUAUUGAGACAUUGGAAACAUUUCUCAGAACUCACCGACUCAAGAAAGGAAUACCAUCAUCUAUUUCUUGAAUUCUGCUGGAAGUUACCUUUCUAUGGGUCAGUGUUUUUCAGAGGACAGAUUGAAAGGACGGGACGGUUGUCUGUCAAAGUUCGGGACUCCUCGGACCGUAAGGUGUACGUUGGAAUCAACAGAGACGGAGUGUAUGUCAUUGACGAACAGAAACAGGAGCUUCUUCUUGGACUGAAGUACGAUGAAUUAUCCUGGGAGUUUACAGAGCCGGCAAGAAAGGAGGUAGACUGUCUCCCAUGUCUCUGGUUAGAGUUCGACAACAGGGAGAACGGGAAAUGGCAGAGCAAAGUCUUACAGAUCUUCUCCAGACAGGCUGUUAUGAUGAAUGCGUUCAUCGAGGCAUGCGUUGAUGAGCUGAACAAACGAGAUAUGGAGAAUGUCAUCCAGAGAAAUGAACACACCGUCGUCGGAGGCCUCCUAAGCUCCACAUUUCCAAGGUGUAAAGCUCAUAACAAUGAGAAUAACAGUAGCACGGUGUCACAGGACCAACCUGACGGGCCCAUGACGUCACACAGAGCUGCUCUUGAUGCCACUGCACCUAUCUUCGGUACGUUACCGACCCGAGAUCCCAAAACAGGAUUGUGUAGUAAAAUGGAUCGAUUGUGUCUCUCUACGUUCUCAAAUACAGGUGAACUGAUUAGCAAGAAGCCAAAGGUCAAGAGGUCAUUCACGUUCCACAGUCUGUUCGGUAGGUGAGUGGAACCUUCCUCUUGGUCAGAAGAACCUGUUGAUAUCAGAGCUUUUGAACAUAAACUGAACUUGGACAGACAGUCUGUGCUUCUGACAUUGACUCAAUAGUCAUAUCGGACAAUGCAGCUGGUGUCGUUGUGGCGCUCGAAAGCAGUGUGUACGUUAUUGGGUCUUUACAGACGCAUGAAUCAACCACAUAUGAUUACUUAUGUCAGGGGCCGACUUUUAAUGUCAGCAGCCGAAAGAUGUGGUCAGGGACCAAACUGCAUCAGCCUCUGCAUCAGUUCACAACUGCUCCAUGUUGCUUGGAUGACAGGCACACGCUACAACACCCAGUUGUAUGCGGUGAACGACGACACAUGUAUUUAGAUGUGUGGAGAGAAGUCCCGACGAAUCACUGGAAUGCCAUCCUCAAC